AUGUGCAAAUUCAGCAAAACAUGUCGUUUGAUGUGUAUGCUUCUGUUGACCUCCAUUUUCUUUCUGCUAGAAAUUGUUGUUGGCUAUUUAACCAACUCUGUGGCUUUAAUUGCUGAUUCAUUUCAUAUGCUGUCAGAUGUGGUGGCACUUGUUGUUGCAUUUGCUUCGGUUCGGAUAUCCAAAUGGCCAUCCAAACGAAACACAUAUGGUUGGGUCAGAGCAGAAAUUCUGGGUGCUCUAGUUAAUGCAGUCUUCCUAUUGGCUCUCUGCUUCUCCAUCACAGUAGAAGCUUUUAAGCGAUUGGUCAAAGUGGAACAAGUGGAAGAACCUAUACUGAUGCUUAUUGUGGGAGGAGCUGGGCUGCUUGUCAAUAUACUAGGACUUUGCCUGUUUCGUGGUCAUGCUCAUUCCCAUGGAGGCAGUGGUCACUCCCAUGGAGGUCAUGCUCAUUCCCAUGGAGGCAGUGGUCACUCCCAUGGAGGUCAUGCUCAUUCCCAUGGAGGCAGUGGUCACUCCCAUGGAGGUCAUGCUCACUCUGGCAAGCAUCAUAGAAAACCCCACAAAGAAUACGUCCACUCACCAAGUCUACUUGACAGCCCUGAAGGUCACAAGCAUGCUUUUGAGCAUCUGAGCACUUGUCAUAAGAAGACUGGCAAUGACAGUCCACAGUCAUCUGAAAAGGAGUCUUUGGUUUUGUCAGAACCAACAUGUACUUCAACAAGUCUUUCUGAAGAUAAGGAAAUCUAUAUGUCUCCAAAUGCAAAUAUUACAAUAGAAAUAAAAAAGCCAAAACUGGUGCAGUCUCAGCAGCUGAACAUGAGAGGCAUCUUCCUGCACGUGCUGGCUGAUGCUCUGGGCUCUGUUGUUGUGAUCAUCUCAGGGCUGAUCAUCACCCUUGCUGAAGGUGACUGGAGAUAUUAUGUUGACCCAUCUUUGAGCAUCAUCUUGGUCAUAAUUAUAUUGGGCUCAACUAUUCCGUUAUUGAAAGAGUCUGCGUUCAUCCUGCUACAAACAGUUCCUUCCCAUGUCAAUGUGGAUAAUAUCAUCAAAGAGCUUGAGGAGAUGGAGGGCAUCUAUGGAGUUCAUGAGUGCCAUAUUUGGCAACUGGCAGGAAACAGAAUCAUAGCCUCAGCGCACAUUCGCUGUCAUGGCAUUGAGGAGUACAUGACCCUGGCGGCAAAUAUUAAAAAACUGUUUCAUAAAUCUGGCAUACAUUCCACCACCAUCCAACCAGAAUUUAUCGAUUAUCAUGAUCGGCAUGCCGAACACAAACCCUGUGUGCUGGUAUGUGAUGGCAUCGGAGAGCACUGCAGGAGUAACACAUGUUGUGGGGACAAGCUCAGCAAACAAAACAAUGCAAACAACUCAACUGACAAAUCUGUCGGCAGCUCGGCCAAACGAUUUUUCAACAUGAACAACUGCAACAGUGUUCAACCUGGAGCGGCAAGCAUUCGAAGCCUGGACAUGAAGUUCAGCCGUGAUGGGGAUGAGGUUGUCCUGGAGAUGUUUGACACAAGGAAGGCUGUGAUUGCCGCAGCACAUGGAACUCGUACUCAGGCUUGUCUCUGUGGGGAUGUCACCACUCUGGGGGAUCAUUCUCUACCAGCGUCCACUUGA